UAACCCCCCAGCCCGACGUUUCAGUCUCCGCCCAACUUCGCGGUUAAAUCGAUUGAUUCUCGUGUUCGGAUUUAUCCAAGAAAUAUCUGUACGUUUAUAUUCUGCGCGCCAAUUGAUUUCCUGUUGAACAACCUCAGCGCAUCUUCUCGAGAUUGAAAGUGUGCUAACGCAAAAACCUUUGGUCCAGAUUCAAAAUGAAGCACCUCGCAGCCUACCUCCUUCUGUCCCUUGCUGGCAACGCCAGCCCCUCCGCUGAGGACAUCAAGUCCGUCCUCUCCUCCGUCGGUAUCGAUGCCGAUGAGGAGCGCCUCACCAAGCUCAUCUCUGAGCUCGAGGGCAAGGACCUCCAGGAGCUGAUCGCUGAGGGUGCUACCAAGCUCGCCUCCGUUCCCUCCGGCGGUGCUGGCGGUGCUGCCGCCCCCGCUGCUGCUGGUGGCGCUGCUGCCGGCGGUGACGCCCCCGCUGAGGAGAAGGAGGAGGAGAAGGAGGAGUCCGAUGAGGACAUGGGCUUCGGUCUUUUCGACUAA